UAGUAUCAAAACGACAAAAUCAGAAAAAAAAAAAAAACGACUGACGCCAAAAAUCCCACGCAAAACUCAACCAAACCAACGCGGUUUUCGUUCUGCAAAACCAAAACCCCAUAUGAAGACUUAACCAAACUUGCGACCUUGUUGACCCAUCUGCUCCUGACCCAUCUCUUAAAUCUCCUUCUUUUUUUUUCUAAGAAAAAUUUAGAAAGAGAGAAAGAUGGGAUGUUGUCCAAGUAAAAGCGCUGAUUCCAAAGCUAACAGGAUUGCUCGAUGGCGAUCAACUGGCAUUGUUGCUUUACGUGACGCCAAAUUGAAGACAUUUCCUGAUGAAGUUCUUGAUCUGGAUAAAUCUGUGCGAACUCUUGAUUUAACGCACAAUAAAUUAGUUGAAAUUCCUAUGGAGAUCAGCAAGUUAGUUAACAUGCAGCGUCUGAUCUUACCCACUAAUCUUAUUGAGCGACUACCAAUUAAUCUGGGGAAGCUUCAGUCUCUGAAAGUUAUGAUACUUGAUGGGAACCAGAUUACUUCUUUGCCUGAUGAAUUGGGCCAGCUGGUGAGACUUGAGAAGUUAUCAAUCGCUGGAAAUAUGUUAACUUCCUUGCCUGAGACUAUUGGCAGCUUGCGCAAUUUGUCUCUGCUUAAUGUGUCUAAUAAUAAGUUAAAGUAUCUUCCUGAAUCAAUUGGGAGCUGCUUUUCUUUGGAAGAACUUCAGGCGAAUGAUAAUCUUAUCGAAGAACUUCCUGCAUCUGUUUGCAAUCUUGUUCACCUAAAGUCACUUUGCUUAAACAAUAACAAAGUCAGCCAGAUACCUCCUAAUAUAUUGAAAGACUGCAAAGCUCUCCAGAAUAUCUCACUACAUGACAAUCCUAUUUCAAUGGAUCAGUUUCAGCAAAUGGAUGGGUUCCAAGAAUUUGAAGCAAGGAGGAAGAAGAAGUUUGACAAGCAAAUUGACUCUAAUGUGAUGAUCGGUUCUAAAGGCCUUGAUGAGGGUGUUGAUCUAUAACUCUGUUGCAUUCACAGUUCUGAACAGAGAAGGGUUGAUCAGUUGAAACCAAGAAUGGGUGUUAUAUCUUGACUGCAUUAGAUUCAAACAGCUUGGGUGUCAGUUUGGGACAGAUCAUGUUAGUAUUUACUUUUAGUCUUAUUUAACAAGACAAAUUAAAUAUAUACUUACAUAAUUCAGUUGGAUUUGUUUGUAAAUAAUAGCAGCCGUUUUAUAGUUUUAUAUGCCUGUAAUUUGCAUACUUGUAUAUGAAA